AUGAAAGAAGACAAGAUGGGCGUAUUGAUUGAACCCACCGAAAUAUCUCAAACUGCUACCGUUUCAAAUAAAUCCGUCGACUUAUAUUUAAGUAAAUCCCACAAUGGGGGAGACUAUUGUUUAAAGGGCGUCAAAAAUUCCAUAAGUUCUUCUAAGGGUUAG